GUCAGGUCGAGGGGUCCUUUUGUGAGAGCGGAGACAGAAUGAAGAUCCUCGUAGCUUUUGCUGUCAUUAUGUUGGUUUCGGCGCAAGUGUUUGCGGCAGAAAUAGGACUUAAUGAUGAGCCGGAGUGGUACAGCGACCAGAUCCAGGAGGAUCUGCCCGUGUUUGAAAAUUUUCUACCGAGGAUCGCAAGGAAACCCAAUCCAGACAGGUUCUACGGCUUAAUGGGAAAAAGGAACAAUGGAUUUGGUCAGAUAUCCCGCAAACGGUAUAAAUCAGAUUCCUUUUAUGGACUUAUGGGCAAAAGAUCUUUAUUUUCUGGAUCAGCAGAAAGAAACACGAUACAUAACUACGAAAGAAGACGCAAAUGAGAUAUCCUCCCCGGUUGCAUUGGCCAGGCUUCAUUCCCUGAGACAGAAGAUGAAGUGUAAUAUAAUAUAUCCAGUGUAAAAU